AAAAAAAAUAUUAUUCACUGCUGAAAUUGUUUUUCUGCGGCCUAGAGCUUGGUCCCUUUAGCUAAAUAGGCUUCUAAAAUGUCUCGACUUGGUUGGAUAUUGGUGAGGCUGUAGGUUCCUAUCAGUCAGCUUGGCCUAUUUCCAUCCCUUGCCACACAAGUGAAGAUCUUGGGUGGACAAUUUGCAAUUGUGAUUUUGGUUUAAAAGCUUAGGCUUAUUGGAGUACAUUAAUUAUAGUUUCUUUCUGAAUUUCUAUUGAUAUGGUUGCCACUUCCAUGAAUUUUUUUGAAUGAAUGAUUUGGCUUUGUAGGAUAUGCAUAUUUAACUAUCCUUAAUUAAAUGCAUGAGAUUUAGCUGUUCAAUCUCUACUUUCUCCCAGGGAUCUUUUUAACUGAUUUUAUUCCCCAGUUUUAUAGUUGAGGAGGUAUCAGCUUGGGGUUGCUUUGCUUCCCAUCUGUCAUGUUCACAGAUUUGACAUCCAUAAUCAUUGCAGUAAAAAAUCUUGUAGGCUUUAAUUCCACAUAUAGAAUAUACUUGCAACACAAGAAACACUGUAGGGAUAGGGAGUUCUACAGUGUUGAAGGGGUUUUACUGAUGAGUUGCAUAUCAAAUUGAAAUUGCAAAAUUGCAUGACUAUUGAAUGAAAUGGAAUUCAUGAAGAAGGGAUGUUUCAUUUGCUUAACACUUGCUCUUGGGUGGGCUCUUGCUUCUUAUGUUAGGAACAGAGAGAUAAAACAAAUGAAGGAAGCUAUGCAGAAUGGCAAUAGUCUUUCUUUCCUAUGUCAUGACAUAAAUGAGCUUGAGCACUUCUAUCAGGCCAAUCUUCCAAGAGUAACAGUAGUCAUGCCCCUGAAAGGGUUUGGAGAACACAAUCUCCACAACUGGAGGAGUCAGAUAACAUCUCUUUAUGGCGGCCCUCUAGAAUUUCUUUUUGUGGUAGAAAGCACAGAGGAUCCUGCUUACCAUGCUAUAUCACGACUAAUAUCAGAAUUUGAGGAUGAUGUUGAUGUUAAGGUUGUUGUAGCUGGUUUGUCAACAACUUGUAGUCAAAAAAUUCACAAUCAAUUGGUUGGGGUGGAGAAAAUGCACAAAGACACAAAGUAUGUAUUGUUUUUGGAUGACGAUGUUAGGAUACAUCCUGGAUCAAUUGGAGCGCUCACUCGUGAGAUGGAGAAGAACCCUGAGAUAUUUAUUCAAACUGGAUACCCUCUUGAUUUGCCAUCUGGCAGUUUAGGGAGUUACUGCAUCUAUGAAUAUCAUAUGCCCUGUUCGAUGGGCUUUGCCACUGGUGGAAGAACAUUCUUUCUUUGGGGAGGCUGUAUGAUGAUGCAUGCCGAUGACUUUAGGCAAGAUCGUUAUGGUGUAGUCUCGGGACUUAAAGAUGGUGGAUAUUCUGAUGAUAUGACUCUUGCAGCCAUAGCUGGGGCUCAUAAAAGACUUAUUACUUCUCCCCCAGUUGCUGUCUUUCCUCACCCCCUUGCUACUGAUCUUAAUUUUGGAAGAUAUUGGAAUUACUUGAGGAAACAAACAUUUGUUUUGGAGUCAUAUACAACAAACAUUAACUGGGUGAUGAACCGUGCAUUGUUUGGUGUUCACUGCUAUUUGUCAUGGGGAUUCGUAGCACCAUUUUUUAUUGCAACGAUUCAUCUUGCAGCAGCAUUUAGAUUUUAUAGUAACGGAUAUUCACUUGAAGAAACGGCCUAUACUUCUGCUGGGUUAUCACUGGUGACCUUCCUAGCCAUAUGCACUCUUGUGGAACUUCUUUCAAUGUGGAACUUGACAAGGAUAGAAGUUCAACUGUGCAACAUGCUGUCUCCAGAGGCACCACAACUUUCUCUGGCUACCUAUAAUUGGUGUCUUGUAUUCAUUGCAUUAUUGGUGGAUAACUUCCUAUACCCUCUGUCCGCGAUUAAGUCUCAUUUUUCACAAUCUAUCAAUUGGUCUGGUAUUCGGUACUAUUUAAAACAUGGAAAAAUUAUCAAGAUUGAAAGAACUGAAAGAAGCAAAGAUAUGAGUCCAGUUUUCACAGAUUUGGGAGGGAAACAUUUAUACGGAAAGAAAGGGAUGCCUGCCAGAGGUUCAUUCCUUGGUUCUUUGUCUAGAAGUCUUGCUCAAUGGCAUCAACCGAAAAAAUUUGAUAACUAGGAGAAAGCUUCAAGCAGCCGUCAAACUCCGUCUCUUUCCCUCACUUUGGAAGCAUGGGUGUUGGUAGAUCAAAUUGAUCUAAUUUAUUCUUUGGUGCAUUCUUGAUUGAUUGAUUGAUUGUUUUAGAUGGUGGGAGGAAUCUUAGUUCCAUUUUUUCAUUAUCCAUUCAAUCCAUAUUAUUUUUCGGUGCAAGCCUUCCCAUGGCUUCAUUUUGUAAUUGUAUGUAACAGUUAUGUGAUAUAUGCAACAUUGUACACAAAAUUUGCAAAGUUUAUAAACAGAUAGUGAUUCACAUCAUAA